CUACUGCUUGGUAGGGAUUGUGAUUACUAUGUUACUACACAUAACUUCACAUUAAAAAGCCGACUUGACAACUUUUCGCAAUAAAAAGCCGAGCGGAUUGCGAUAAUAUCAACGCUAUACAGCGCUAGUACACCUAAGCGAAUGUAAUAUGUAAUGGAUUUGUAAAUGCGGAAACGAAUUGUAGGUAUAUCGUGCAUGGAUGGAUCGUAAACAAUAUAUGACAUAACCUCCUGUAUUGUUUAUGUUCCGAAAUUUUACGUGAUUUCGGUGGUCGGUGUGAUUUUGUGAAAAAAAUUUGAAGCUAUUUACAACUCCAAAAAUGAUUAUACAUUUUAUUUUGGGCAACUGUCGCCUUGCAGGCUUGACGAUUCCUAGAGAUGUUCUCGGCAAUACUGUACAAAGAGCUGGUCUCAAGUAUUUUCCUCCACCAAAGAAAUGGGACGUGGAAGUCCCACCUGAUUCUCGAGGAAAAAAGUUGCCAAUAAUGCCAAAAACACCAGUGUUUUUGGCUCCCAUGAGACCAUUCAAAAUGCAGAAAAAGCUUCGACUGAUGAGAGGUCCUGAACUAGUACACAAUGAACUUUUACACAAACAGUAUGGUGUUAUAGCUCUUAUUGGAGGAAGAUUAAAAUAUAAUCAUUUUGAGGUAAUACGUAACACGUUAAAUAGAAAAUUACCUAAUAAAGCUUUUGCAUUGUAUCGCAUUGAUGCUCCCUGGCAACCUGUUACUAAAAAGGGCCAAGGACAGCGAAUGGGAGGAGGAAAAGGUGCAAUUGAUCAUUAUGUAACACCAGUGAAAGCUGGAAGAGUUAUUAUCGAAGUCGGCGGUCCAGUCGAAUGGCCAGAGGUGAAAGAAGCUUUACGUGAAGUAGCACUCAGGAUGCCAUUUAAAGCAAAAGCUGUGAGUCAAAAGGUGUUGGACAUAAUGGCUGAGGAUGAAAAAUAUCUGGAAGAAAAUAAUGAAAAUCCUUACACUAUGAAGUAUAUUAUACAAAAUAAUUUUGGAGGUUGUCACAAAUGGAUAUCUCCUACUGAUAAGUUUUGGUUUGGAAAACACAGAUAA